UCAAUUCGCCCGCCCACAGCAAGCCGUUCUCAUCGGCCGCAGCACAACUUGAUGCAGCGGCACAAAAGGAGCCGAGGCAAGAUCUAUAUCAGGCAGCUCUAUGGCACGCUUGAGCGCCUCUAUCAGGGAAGAUAUGGCACCCACCCUGACAUAGACACACACACACACAAUGCUCACGGCGGUCAGUCAGCUGGCAUGCCUUCUUCCAUCUGUAUCAACACUUACCGUAUGAGUGCCUCCACUGCCUUCGUGUCCAUUCUCCCGAUUGACGUCAGCAGCUUCGAUGCCUCCUGCUGCACAGCCCACUCAACAUGCUCGCCCAGCAGAGAAAUGACAGCCGCCCCGAAACGGUCAGCAAUGACAGCAGCAGCGUCACCCGGCCGUGUGCUGUUGGCGAUGAAUGCAGACAUUGCCCGCAGAGCACUCAGCUGCUGCCACUUGUUGCUGCUCUCCAGCUGCGUUGUAAGGCUCGACGCCUCAGUGUCUUGCGAAGCCACUGCCGCCAAGCACAGGAACGCGAAUAGGACAGCCGACAACAUCAGACGACUCGUGAAAUGAAAUACGCGUAGAUCUGAACCAGUGACGCUUUCAGGGACUCGCGAGUAUGACACUUCCG